AUGCUGACGGGUCCGGGCACCUCGGGCAGACUCUCACCCCUCCGCAGCCUGGCCCGGCCCACGGAUCCCCCAGCUCCCCCGGCCAAGCGGGUACUAGCUGAGGGGGCGGCAGAAGGGGGUCUUGGCAGGACGGCCCCCAUCCCCGCCUCCCCCCCAACUCCAUCCCCGCCGGCCAUGGGGAGGGGGCGCACAGCUUGUGGGGUGCCGUGCACCUGUCUGCCGGCAGCAGGAGCCCCAGCCGGCCGCCCCUGCCUCCUCUGUCUCCGGCUGGUCGGGGGCCUCAGAGUUCUGGCUGGAGUCCCAGCCCCGCCCGUCACAUCCCCCCCGGGGAAGGUCCCGCAGGGCCUGUCUCGCGUGGGAGUGACACCCUCCUCCAGGCCUGAGCUGUACUGGAACCUCCAGGAAGCAUGCCGCCUGGGCGAGGCGGGCCAGGCUGAGGGACGGGGCUCCGUCUCCGCCUCCCCACAGGACUGUCUGCAGCCAGAGGAACCUCACGGCCUCCCCUCCGCGCCUGAGGAGGGCGGUGGCUCGGGCUGGGCCCCUGCCCACAGGGCCGCCCCCAGAGCCACCGCUGAUGCCCCGGCCUUCGCCUCCUGCAGCCGCCGGAGGCAGGCCUAUGUCCACGGCCUCGGGCAGGGUUGGAAUCUGGGCCUGGACACCCACUCUCUGAAGAACCCUGGGGGGAGGGGGUCCCUACUUCUGAGCCUCAGUUUUCUCAUCCGUCAAAUGGGCAGGACAAGGCCACUGCCAAGAUCGCAGGUGUGUGUCAAAGCAGCCCAGCCCCCGGCAGGCGCAUGUGCCCCGUCGGCGGUGCCGUUUAACACGCCUGUCGCCGCAGUGGGUUUCUCAUCCUCUCCAGCCAGAGCCAAGCUUGCCCCCCCCAGCCCGCACCCCAAGACCGUGGCUGGGAGGAGGGCAUUCCAGACGGAGCUUCACCCCAGCUCUGCUGACCCAGCGGCCCCGGGAGGGUGCAGCUGCCGGGCAGGCAGGCCCCCGCCCAGAUCCCCCAGGUCCCCGGGCGCCCUGCCUGCUGUGGAGCUGAGUCGCAGGGGUGACUUCUGUUAUUAG